AUGGCUUGGGUCUCGGACGAAAGUAAGCCCCUCCCCCUCAAGCUCUCACCUUCGCUGGGAUUCAACAACCUGACGUCUAGCGUUUCCACCUUCGCCUACAUUCACAAGGGCGAUGUGCUCAUCUACGGGCUUGACGGAGUGCUGAGGCAGACUCUGGUCAACGAUGGUGGGGUACGGGCUAUGGAGAUCUGGUCGAGCGACGGGAGACGGCUGAUCUACUUCUUCGAUGCGAAGGCAGCGCCCGGUUCGUCCACGGUCGACGACGGCGGCAACUUCACUCAGGGCAUUGCAAUGGUCCCGAGAGGGCGGAAUUUUAUCGUCGGCUGCAGCGACGGAGACGUGUUUGCGUUCCAAGCUAAGACCGGCCCCCAAGGGGAAGCGUGCGAGCUGACGGCUACUCUGAGAGGGCACUGCCAACCGAUCACGUGUGCGGCGGCCGACUCGGAGUGCUGCGUUUCUGGAGACGCGGGGGGCACGGUCAUUGUGUGGAGUAUCGCCAAGCACCUUGAACGGGAAUGUUCCUUCGACGGCGACGGAACACUUGCGAUCGAGAUCGCAGCGCACAGCCGCACUAUCAACGCGAUGGACCUGCAUCCCUCCAGCAUGCUGUUGGCUACGGUCGGGGAAGAUUUGUUUCUCAACGUGUGGGAGCUGCCCAAGUGCGGCCAGGAGGGACCAUCAGGCCAGGUGGGAUUGGUGGCUACGUCACGCGUGGACAACCGCCUCUUGACCGGAGUGCAGUUCUUGGUGGACGGCAGCCAUCGAAUCAUCGGCCUCGCUUACGACUGUGACCACUUGCAGAUUUGGCACAAGCUUGGUUGA